CCUGCCGGCUGGCUUGGCUCCUCCUGGCUUGUUGCGCCGGGCCCUUCGCGGCCGCCAGGAGGAACAUCCCGCGGAGUCAAGAUAGAUUGGGGCCUCCUCUGGAUAUAAUACUGGACUCGCUGAAUUGCACAGCGUUCAGCGUACAAUGGAGAAUGCCUCGGCAGCAUGCAAGUAUCAUCUCAGGGUACACUGUAUACUACUCAGAGGUCACGGCUGAUAAGCCAAUUAAACAGCAGUCGCACGAUGUGCCUCUCAGCCUGGACAUGCUCAGUACCGGUCAACUUGACGGGCAAGCAAUUUUCGAAGUUGUUAUUGGGGAUUUGAAGCCAGGGACACUCUUCCGCGUGAGUGUUGGAGCUUACGGCUGGACUGGAAAAGGCCGGCCCAGCAUGCCCAGAGAUACAACAACUCUAUCAGAAGAUAAAUGUAUGCCUCCUGAUCCACCUUUCCAACCCCAAGUCAUCGUAGUUUCUGAUUCAGAAGUUGCCCUGUCAUGGAAACCAGGGCCCAGCGAAGGAAGCUCCCCAGUUCAGUACUACACAGUGGAGUUUAUCAGGCCUGAGCUUGACACCAAUUGGACUGUAAUUAGAGAGCAGAUCCAGAUGGACUCCAUGGUUCUGAAGGGGCUAACUCCUAACCACAAGUACCAGUUCGCAGUCCGAGCGACGAAUUCAUACGGAUCCAGUCUGCCUAGCCCUGCCAGCGAUACUACCACAAUGUUGAACCCAGAGGAGUUAGGGAGCGGAAGCUACGGGCAUCAAUAUAUCACAGACUUUGGCAUUGGGGACGACGACGGGAUUGAUAUUGAUGAUUCAGACUAUGACAUUUACAUUGACGAGCUCAAGCCACUUCCUGCUAUCAAAGGAGGUAACAGGAAAUUUUUAGUUGAAACGAAGAUCAUGCAAGGGUCUAAUCCAAGGCUCCUUUCCAGGCUGCUUUCAACUCCGUCAUAUCCUGCGACUUCCACUGUGACUACAGCACGCCCUCCGCCUACCACCACCAGCACCACGACCACCGUUACCGCGAAGGCCACCAGGAAGAACACUGUUGCUUCAUUAGUGAGACAGUUCGAUCAGCCCUGUGACGAAACCUUCUGCUCUACAGACAGCUUUUGUGUCAACGACUACGAGAGAAGUGGUUCCCGUUGCCACUGCAACCUUGGAAAAGGAGGAGAGACCUGCACAGAAGAUGUGAAUAUCCAGUAUCCUCAGUUUUUCGGCUACUCGUAUAUUACCUUUGAACCUCUGAAAAAUUCGUACCAGACGUUCCAGAUUUCUGUUGAAUUUAGGUCGGAAGCAGAGGACGGCCUGCUUCUCUACUGCGGAGAGAAUGAGCACGGGCGCGGGGACUUCAUGUCAGUGGCGAUCAUCAGACGAAGCGUUCAGUUCAGGUUCAACUGCGGUACUGGAAUUGCAAUAAUCACAAGCGAGAACAAGAUUAAGGUGGGCAACUGGCAUAGAGUGACCGUGUUCAGAGACGGAUCGAAUGGCUGGCUUAAGCUGGAUAACAACCUUCCAGUUUCUGGUAAAUCUCAGGGCCAGUACAGCAAGAUCACUUUCCGGACUCCUUUCUAUCUCGGAGGUGCUCCGACUGCCUACUGGCUAGUGAGGUCUACGGGAAUCAACCGGGGCUAUCAAGGCUGUGUUCAGUGGCUCAAUGUCAACGGGAAAGCCAUCGACAUGCGGCCCUGGCCUCUGGGCAAAGCUCUUAGCGGGGCAGAUGUAGGUGAAUGCAGCAGCGGGAUUUGUGACGAGGCCUCCUGCAUUAACGGCGGCACCUGCGUAGCGAGCAAAGCGGAUCGAUACAUCUGUCUUUGCCCGCUCGGGUUUAAAGGUCGACACUGUGAAGAAGCUUUCACCCUUGCCAUACCUCAGUUCAAUGCGACCUUGAAAUCCUUCACUACAACUCCCUGGCCGUUAGAGCCACAGUACUAUCUUUCCUUCAUGGAGUUUGAGAUUACAUUUCGUCCAGUUUCAGCAAACGGUGUGCUUUUGUACAGCUAUGACACGGGGAGCAAAGACUUUCUGUCCAUUAUCAUGGUGGACAGCUUUGUGGAAUUCAGGUUUGACUGCGGUUCAGGCACUGCUAUAAUCAGGAGUGAAGAACCUGUUAGUUUGAACCAGUGGCAUGAGCUGAAAGUGUCCCGCACAGCCAAAAAUGGCAUCUUGCAGGUUGAUCAGCAGAGACCAGUUGAAGGAAUGGCUGAGGGAGCUUUCACACAGAUUAAGUGCAAUCCGGUCAUAUUUAUUGGUGGAGUACCGAAUUAUGAUAAUGUGAAGAAGAACUCGGGAGUCCUCAAACCUUUCUCUGGGAGUAUCCAAAAGAUUGUUCUGAAUGACCGGGUGAUAGACAUGAAGCAGGACUUCACAUCUGGAGUCAACCUGGAGAAUGCUCUCCAUCCCUGUGUAUUUGACCCCUGUGCCAAUGGGGGCUCCUGCGUGCCCAAGAGGGACAACUAUGAAUGUGAUUGCCCUUUGGGUUUUGAUGGGCUGAACUGCCAGAAAGAGUGUGGAAAUUACUGCUUGAACACUGUCACAGAAGCAAUUGAAAUUCCUCAGUUUAUCGGUCGCAGUUACCUCACAUAUGAUAAUCCAGAUAUUCUUAAAAGGGUGUCAGGAUCAAGAACAAACGUGUUCAUGAGGUUCAAGACAACCCUGAUGGAUGGCCUACUGAUGUGGCGGGGAGACAGUCCUAUGAGGCCCAAUAGCGACUUCAUCUCAUUAGGUCUUCAAGAUGGCACCUUAGUCUUCAGCUAUAAUCUGGGCAGUGGUAUCGCUUCCAUAAUGGUGAAUGGCUCUUUCAGUGAUGGCCGAUGGCACAGAGUAAAGGCAGUUCGAGAUGGACAAUCUGGAAAAGUCACAGUGGAUGAUUAUGGUGCUAGAACUGGCAAAUCACCAGGAAUGAUGAGACAGUUGAACAUCAAUGGGGACCUGUACAUUGGUGGAAUGAAGGAAAUUGCGCUACAUACAAACAGACAAUACAUGAGAGGACUAGUGGGCUGCAUUUCGCACUUCACCCUUUCUACCGAUUAUCAUAUUUCGCUGGUUGAAGAUGCAGCCGAUGGGAAGAACAUCAACACUUGUGGGACAAAGUAAGAGCGGGAGAACCUUUGCAUGGUAGAGCCU